CUCUUCCAAAUGAAAUACAUGAAAUUUUGGGACAAAUGAAAUUUGAGAAGAAUUCAGGGUCCCUUCACUCUCUUCUCUCUCUUUUGUGCUUUCCCCAAAUUUUCACUCUUCAAUUUCCCUCCACUUUUUUCCCUCCGUUUUGCUCCCGAUCUUUACAAAAAUCUUUUAAACCUCUCUCUACCUGUCCAUCCCUUUCUCCCUCCAUCUUCAAACUGCUUUUUCUUUCAAUUCGCGGAACAGACUAAGGUUCAGGUACAGAUCUUUGAUACUGAUGGUUCCAUGAAUGCUAUCAAGCUGCCCUAUAUCGAGACAAUGUACCGUGGCUGUUUCAUCAAUCAUAUUAUGAAAUCAGCUUAAACCUCAAGGUUAUACAAGCAGACUUCCAUUUUUUGUAUUUUAUUUUGGUUGUUGCUUUUGUCUUAGACUAUUAGGUAGUGGAAUUCCACUUGUAUAACUCCUCGGUACCGAGCUUUUCCCAUAACUAUUACAUAUGUUUGUGUGUGUAAAGCAUUUGAAUUAUAAAAAAAUGUCAAUAUGGUUGCAGGUUCAAGCACUCAAGUUAUAUUGUAUGAACAAGAGGAGCACUUUCCGUUUUUGCCUUUUAAGAUAAUUUGGGGAAUAUCACUGCUAGAUAAUCUUGCAUCUCUAUAUCAUUAAUGGAGUGCAACAAAGAUGAGGCUGUCCGGGUCAGGGAACUGGCGGAGAUGAAAAUGAAAAACAAUGACUUUGAAGGGGCUCGAAAGAAUGUACUGAAGGCACAGAAUCUUUAUCCAGAACUUGAGAAUAUUUCCCAGCUGCUUAGCAUCUGUGAUGUUCAUUGUUCAGCUAAAAGAUUGGUGCCUGGAUCUGAAAAGGACUGGUAUGGAGUCCUUCAAGUUGCAAAGUUUGCUGAUGAGAUGGCAAUCAAGAAACAAUACCGGCGGCUUGCUCUUUUUCUCCAUCCGGAUAAGAAUCGAUUCCCUGGUGCAGAGUCUGCUUUUAAGUUGAUUUGUGAAGCAAAUGCUGUGCUUUCAGACCCCCAAAAGAAGUAUUUAUAUGACCAGAAGAUCAGAGUAAUGGUUAGAUCUACUCCAGUAGUCCCUCCACAUCACCACUUGAAUAAAACUUCUCAAUUUAACAAGCAAUAUGGACCUGAGAUCAAAGUUGCCAAUGGUUUUCGCAGUAUGAAUCAACAUCAAACCACGCAGUCGAGCUUUUCUGUCAGGCAGGAAGUGUUCUGCACAAGUUGCCCGUUCUGUAGUUUAAAGUACCAGUUGGAUAGAAAAUUUGUGAACAAAAAUUUGCGCUGUCAGAAAUGCACAAAAACUUUUACAGGUUAUGAAACGGGUGCUCAAGGUAUUCCUGAAGGUGUUCCGCUGGCAUCCAAAUACGCUCCGGGAAGUUCUCAGAAUGGGAUACCGAAUCACGGCGGAAGUAAACAUGGUGUUCAAAAUGGCAAGGGAUCUUCGGCAUCACAUAUGGCAUCUCAGUGGUGUGCCAACAAGCAAACCCAACCAAGUGUUCAGACGGAAAGUAUUUUCAAAGAUAAGGGGGUAGGAAGGCCUGCAAAGGUCAGCAGGAAGGCCAAACGAAAGGGGAGAAGAAGGGGUUCGGAAUCUAGUGAGAGUUAUGACACCUCCAGUGAAUCUGACCUAGAAGAUGUCUAUGGUGUUGCAACCAAUCCGAGUUCUGGACCUUCUAAUGCCCAUUUUCCACGUAGAUCAUCUCGGAAAAGGCAAAACAUAUCCUACAAUGAAGGUGUUGGUGAUGAUGAUGAUGAUGAUGAUGAUCUUCCUCUUCCUAGUCCUCGCAAGAGAUCUCAAGGAAACAAGUUACCAGAAGAUAAUGGAAUCAGGCAAAACAAUGCUUUGGAUGGAGAAUCUGCAAAACAUGAGAAUCAAAAUGGUUUACAUGCUGAUGCAGAUUUUUCCAAGACUGAGAGUAAAGAAACAGGAUCUGUUUACCCUGAAGAAAGACCGCAAAACAAGUCUUACAGUGACACAGGAGUCAAGACAAAGGGAGAAGGUGGUCGUAUGCCAAACAUUGGUGCUGAUGCAAUUGAAACUGAAAUUGACUCUGACAGGGAUGCACACUCUGGUGACGAUUCAAUUAAGGACCACUGUGAGUGUGAUGAUCCAGAAUUUAAUGAUUUUGAUAAGGACCGUGAUGAAAAUUGUUUUGCUGUUAGCCAGUACUGGGCUUGUUAUGAUUCAGCUGAUUCCAUGCCAAGAUUUUAUGCAAAGGUGAAGAAGGUACAAUUCUCUCCAUUUGAGUUGUGGAUCACAUGGUUAGAAGCUGAUCCUGCAGAUGACGCUCAAAAGAAAUGGAUAGAUGCGGAUUUACCUGUUGGUUGUGGGAAUUUUAAGGUUGGCGCAACUCAAAAAAUGUCAAAUCGUUUCACAUUCGCUCAGCAAGUGCACUGUGAGAAGGGUAAGAGAGGUUCUUUAAUCAUAUAUCCUAGACGAGGGGAAGUUUGGGCUCUUUUUAAGGACUGGGAUUUGAGCUGGAGCUCCCAGCCUGAUAGUCGCAGAAAGUACAAAUAUGAAGUUGUGGAGGUGUUAUCGGAUUUUGAUGCAGUGGCUGGUGUCAGAGUUUGUUACUUAGAUAAAGUUGGAGGAUUCGUGAGCCUGUUCCAAAGAAGUAGCCAGAGCGCGACCGAGUCAUUUAUGAUAAGGCCCAAUGAAGUAUACAGAUUCUCACACUGUAUUUGUUCUUUCAAAAUGACAGGCUCUGAAAGAGAAGGAGUGCCAGUUGGCUCUUUUGAACUCGAUCCUGCAGCCCUACCUCUGAAUCCCGAUCACUUGUACUACCCCGGAAAAUCAAAGAUGGGAACUGAUAACACGGAGCCUGGAGUUAAUUGUGCUCCACCAGAGUCGGGUACAGGAAAAGAUAACUUUGUGGAUCUGGAGUGCUCUGAUGGGUAGCUUUAUGAAGUUCAUUGAUCCCUCAGAGAGAUGAACUCUGUCAGGAAAUAUAGAUAUUAGAAAAGAAACGAUCAGGCGGCAGUCACCUGUCGAUGUCAUGCAGAGCAAGUUGUCUUGAAUGAUGGACUGUUGUGAGUUAGAAGAUGAAGCAUGAUGUUGUUAUGACAGCCUCAAGAAGGUGCUUUCUUUUGUUAACUUAUUGAUUGGGAGCUUUAACAAGCAUCAGUUGCAACUUUGCAGGUGACAUGUAUCAUUUUGAAUUAGAAUGUUGAUAGUGUAGUGGAAAUGAUAUAUCUUUCACCUAGUUUUAGUUGGUGCAACUCUUUUGUGAUUUUUGUAGUUGCUGCUCUUCUGUGCUAAUGCAGAGUGCUUUAUUA